UAUACUUCUAGAGCUGGCCAAUCAUAACGAUUCUAUUCUUCCGAGGAAUAGAUGUAAUUGGCCAGUUUUAUAAAAAUCCGGUGUUACUAAACCCAUGUAAACGUAGUCAUAGUGCUCUGUUGUAAACAACCUUAACGUGGCUGAAGUGUGACCAACUUUAUGGCGCGAUAAAUUGAAAAAUACAGAGUAAGCAGUGGAGCAUUUGUAGCCAAGAUCCGUGGUUGUAGAAGAGCGUUUAUCAUCUGUACCAGGCAAUAUAUUAUGAAAGCAAUGUCUCAUCAUUACGUGGUGACGGCACAUAAACCAACGGCUGUCACUGCCUGCGUGACUGGUAAUUUCACCUCACCUACGGACUUGAACCUGAUAUUGGCCAAGAAUGUACGUUUGGAGAUUUACCUCGUGACACCGGAGGGUCUGCGGCCUCUGAAGGAAGUCGGAAUCUACGGCAAGAUAGCUGUUAUAAAGUUUUUCAGACCGCCGCAUGAGAAAAAGGACCUCCUUUUUCUCUUAACAACACGUUACAAUGCCAUGAUCCUGGAAUGCAUCGGCGAGGGAGAGGAUAUAGAGAUUAUAACGAAAGCCCAUGGGAACGUUGCGGAUCGCAUCGGGAAGGCUUCCGAGACCGGGAUCAAGGCCGUUAUCGAUCCAAAGGCGCGAGUAAUUGGUCUCAGAUUGUACGACGGCCUCUUUAAAAUUAUACCCCUGGACAAGGAUAAUGCGGAAUUGAAGGCGUCCUCAAUCCGCAUGGACGAGCAGCAGGUGCAGGACGUUAAUUUUCUUCACGGAUGCGCCAAUCCUACUUUAAUUCUCAUUCAUCAAGAUAUUAAUGGUAGACAUGUAAAAACGCAUGAGAUUAACUUGAGAGACAAAGAAUUCGCCAAGAUUCCAUGGAGGCAGGACAACGUCGAGCGAGAGGCUAUGAUGGUAAUUCCUGUACCUUCGCCUAUUUGUGGCGCGAUCAUAAUAGGACAGGAGAGCAUCCUGUAUCACGACGGUACCACGUACGUUGCGGUGGUGCCGCCGAUUAUAAAACAGAGCACCAUCACUUGUUACGCCAAGGUGGACAAUCAAGGACUGAGGUAUUUACUAGGAGAUAUGGCCGGUCACUUGUUCAUGCUGUUUUUAGAGCAAGAGAAGAAGCCCGACGGCAAUAUGGCAGUGAAAGACCUGAAGGUCGAGUUAUUAGGCGAGAUCAGUAUACCGGAAUGUAUAACUUACUUGGACAAUGGCGUAAUAUAUGUCGGUAGUCGUCUGGGUGAUUCCCAAUUGAUCAAAUUGAUUACAAAGGCGGAUGAGAACGGUUCUUUCUGUGUGCCUAUGGAGACGUUCACUAAUCUAGCGCCUAUCGUCGACAUGGCCGUAGUAGACCUGGAGAGGCAGGGCCAGGGGCAAAUGGUUACGUGCUCGGGCGCUUUCAAGGAAGGCUCCCUCAGGAUCAUUAGAAAUGGUAUAGGUAUACAGGAGCACGCAAGUAUUGAUCUGCCGGGGAUCAAAGGAAUGUGGGCUUUGAAGGUUGGCGGAUCGCAUUUCGAUAACACGCUGGUGUUGUCGUUCGUCGGGCAGACCAGGAUUCUGACGUUGAAUGGUGAGGAGGUUGAAGAGACGGAUAUUCCAGGCUUUGUUUCGGAUGAACAGACGUUCCACACGGGCAACGUCACUGACGAUCUAUUCAUUCAGAUAACUCCAACUUCGGUUCGAUUAAUCUCUUACGAGAGCAAGAUAGUCAUUUCCGAGUGGGAGCCGCAAAACAAGAGAACUAUCAGCGUGGUGGCCUGUAAUGGCACCCAGAUCCUUUGCGCGACGGGAAACGAUUUGUUCUAUAUAGAGAUCUCGUGCAACCAGAUUGUGUCCAAGGGAUUCGUUACCCUGCAACACGAGGUGGCGUGUCUGGACAUUUCCCCUCUAGAUGGCAACGAUGCCAAGAUCGUCGCUGUUGGGCUUUGGACAGACAUAUCCGUUCGUAUCUUGACUCUGCCCAAUUUGGAGGAGAUCAACAAGGAGCUUCUUGGUGGCGAGAUUAUACCCAGGUCCAUCCUGAUGACCUGCUUCGAGGGUAACACGUAUUUACUUUGUGCACUAGGCGAUGGCAGCAUGUACUAUUUUAUUCUGCAGAGGCAGACUGGCAUGCUCUCGGAUAAAAAGAAGGUCACCUUGGGCACACAGCCGACUGUUCUUAGGACCUUCCGAUCGCUCUCCACGACGAAUGUGUUUGCAUGCUCGGAUAGGCCCACCGUUAUUUAUUCCUCAAAUCAUAAGCUCGUUUUCAGUAACGUCAAUCUGAAGGAAGUAAAUCACAUGUGUUCCCUGAACGCGGAAUCUUACCCCGACAGUCUGGCGUUGGCAACUGACAGCACCGUGACUAUUGGAACGAUCGACGAGAUUCAGAAGCUGCACAUAAGAACGGUUCCGCUCGGCGAGUCGCCGCGGAGGAUCGCCUAUCAGGAAAGCUCGCAGACUUUCGGCGUCAUCACGAUGCGCGUCGACGUGCAGGAGAGUAGCGGAGUGAGCAUCGUUAGGCAGUCCGCGUCUACUCAGGCGACAUCCAUGUCUAGCAGCAGCCAUGUCGCCUCGCAUAACAAGCCUAGUGGCCACACGGCCAGCGAGAUUGGCCAGGAGAUCGAGGUUCACAAUCUUCUCAUCAUUGAUCAACACACGUUCGAGGUUCUACACGCACACACGUUGAUGGCCACCGAGUACGCAUUAUCAUUGAUCUCGACAAGACUGGGCGAGGAUCCGACUUCUUAUUUUGUGGUCGGUACCGCGUUUAUAAAUCCCGACGAGACUGAACCCAAAAUGGGCAGGAUUCUACUGUUUCACUGGAGCGAUGGCAAGUUUACACAAGUUGCGGAGAAGGAGAUCAAGGGCUCAUGUUACUCCCUGGUCGAAUUCAACGGGAAGCUUCUAGCGAGCAUCAACAGCACCGUGCGAUUGUUCGAGUGGACCGCGGAGAAGGAGCUCAGAUUGGAGUGCAGUCACUUUAAUAACAUUAUAGCGCUAUAUUUGAAGACCAAAGGUGACUUUGUCCUGGUGGGAGAUCUAAUGAGAUCCCUCACGUUGCUUCAAUACAAGACUAUGGAAGGUAGCUUUGAGGAAAUAGCUAGGGACUAUAAUCCCAAUUGGAUGACUUCUAUCGAGAUAUUGGAUGACGAUACUUUUCUAGGCGCCGAAAAUUGCUUUAAUCUCUUCGUGUGUCAAAAGGACAGCGCUGCGACGUCUGAGGAUGAGAGGCAACAGAUGCAGGAAGUCGGCCAAUUUCAUUUGGGUGAUAUGGUCAACGUUUUCCGGCAUGGCUCGUUGGUGAUGCAGAAUUUGGGAGAAUCAAGCACGCCGACUAUGGGCUGCGUAUUAUUCGGCACUGUGAGCGGCGCGAUCGGUCUAGUAACACAAAUACCAUUCGCGUUUUACGAAUUUCUGCACAACAUGGAGGAAAAGUUAAAUAGCGUGAUAAAAAGCGUGGGAAAAAUAGAACACAACUUCUGGCGAAGUUUUAAUACGGAAUUGAAAAUUGAACAGUGUGAGGGAUUCAUAGAUGGCGAUCUGAUAGAAAGUUUCCUCGAUUUGAGCCACGAAAAAAUGGCGGAGGUUGCAUCGGGACUUAUGAUGGAGGAUGGUAGUGGUAUGAAGAAGGAGGCGACGGUAGAUGAUCUUGUAAAAAUAGUGGAAGAUCUUACAAGGAUACAUUAAACAUUGUAUAAGUAAACUAUAUUUUAAAUUCACGAAUGUAUCUGUAAGAAUAUUAGAAGUUAUAUAUAGGAAAUAUCCAAGCAGUAAUUUAUAAGUGGGAGCGUGAAUGUUUAUACGGUCAAUUUUUUUGUUAUGUGCUGAUAUACGGGAAAAAACACUUGUUUUCUUUUACGUUUCGGCUCUUUUCUUCUAUCUACAAAAUUGUUUCCUUUAAUAUAUUUGUAUAAUAGAUAUUGUAUGACAAUUCAUUCAUUUAUCGCAUGUUAGCAUCCAUCGCAGUAUUUUUUAAAAACUCGAACGUAGAAAUGAUAUACAAUUAAUAUUAACGGAUUAUUUUUAAGGAUGCUCGAGGAUUUGUAGAGUAAUAUCUUUGUAUCUUUGUAAGUUCAGUGUAAAUAAAAAGGAUGAUGCCUUUUAAAGUAA